AAACAAGAGCCGUGCUCCGAGAGAUGCGCAGGGUCAUUGAUCUCCUACUAUAUAAGUGUGCUCCAACGGCCAGUCUUCUCCAACACUCACCUAUUUACCUUCAAGACAAGCAGUACACUUCUGGAAAUGCCCAAAAUCGUUAUAAUUGGCGGCUCGUUCGCCGGGCUCAAUGCGCUCGCCACCAUCUUCAAAACAGCCGGAUCUACAAGCAUCGAUGCCACGCUUGUGGCCCCUAAUUCUCACGCCUAUUUCAAUGUGGCGUCGCCCCGUUUGCUCUCUGAGCCAGAUAAGUUUUCAGAGACUACUGUGCCUGUUUCGGAGGCCGUGCAGAAGCACUCACGUGGAAAAGCCACGUUUUUACGUGGUCUGGCCACGGCUGUGGACUUCGAUAAGCGCGAGGUUUCGGUCCAGUUGAUGGCCGGCGGACACAAAACGCUCCCAUACGACAUUCUCGUGGUGGCCUCCGGCACAGAGGCCAAGUGGGCGGGGUACAAAGUGAACACGAAUCAUGAGGACGCACACAAAGCCAUCGUGGCUGCAAACAAGGCCCUCAAAAACGCUCUGUCCGUGGCCGUGGUGGGCGGGGGCCCCACCGGGACGGAAGUUGCAGGCGAAAUUGCGCACGUGUUCAAAAAGGCAAAGGUCACGCUCUACACCGGCGGCCUGGGGCCGUUGGCCGGUGCUGCGGCCAAGCUUUCUGGGAAGGCCCUGAAAAAGCUCGGAGCCUUGGGCGUCGAGCUUGUGAAUGGCGUGCAGGUGCAGUCCGUCUCGGGGACAGCGGGGGGCAAGUCUACAGUGGCGCUAGCCAACGGCCAGUCACGUGAGCACGACCUUGUUUUGGAGUCGUACAUUGUGCGGCCAUACUCGGAAUUUCUCCCCUCGGCCGUCAAAGAUGGCAAGGGCUAUGUGGUGACCGACGACCACUUGCUUGUCAAGGGCCAGCGCAGCGUGGUAGCUUUGGGAGAUAUCGUUUCGGGAAGCUCGAAAAGUCUCGUGGAUCUCAAGAUGCGCCAGGCCGGGCUUUUCCGGGCCACGAUCCAGAACUUGCUCCGGGACGUGCAGAACCCGGAGUUUUUGCCUGGCGCCAAGACUGCAAAAGAAGGGCUGGAGUAUCAGCCGGUGACACAUACUAUGAUGGUGCCCAUUUCGCGUGAUGGUGGAGUGGGCAUGGUGUUCGGCAUCUCGCUUCCGAACUUUGCGGUGCACUACGGUAAGGCCAAGACGUUCAUGCUUGAGAAGGCUCGCUCGGAGUUCGUGUGAUUAUUUUUGGAUAGGUUGCGGUUGCGUGGAGUUGUGCGGUGUGUUUAGAGAGGAUGGGCUGGGGCUUGGUUUGCGUGGGUUCCAGAUGGUAUAGGAUAUGGCGGUGGUGCUUAUAAUUUUGCCAGCGUCCUCAGCGUCUUUUGUAAGAGUUUAUUGCUUUGCACUGCCUUUUGUUGUGGGCUGGUCUGUAUAAAGCUUUACUGGCCUGUGCUACGUUGUAUAUCUCUUGUUAGUUGAGCUGAGAGUAACGAAUAUACAGCAAGUUGGCAUCACGUCAUAUAUAUCAGUUACGUCAUGUAUGCUCAAUUAAGACAGACUUUAG